GCCAACUCGGCCGAAACGCCGAAUGAUUGCGGCGGCGGGGAUUGGCCAAGCUUUGGGAUCGUGACCGGGCACUUCCGGUGGGGCUCCGCGGCUCCUUCCCUACUCUCUCCCCCGCCCGCCUGCCUGUGCCCCUCUCCUCCCCCCUCCCCUUCCACCAUGGCCGCCUCUGUGUGCUGUAAGGAGCAGCAGGUCCCCCGUGCCCCCUUAUAGCGCUCAUAGCCCCUCCCCAGCCCCUUAGGGGCCGGAGCCAGAGGGGUCCCACUCCCCAUACCCUAGGGGCAGGAGCCAGAAGGGUUUGCCGCCCCCAUCUCGGGCAGGACUUCCCCCCCCCCCACUCCCAGCUUAGGGAGCAGAAACUUAGGGCUUCCUCUGCCCUCCCAGGGGCAGGAGCCAGACGAGUCGCCCCCCCUCCCCUGCUGGGACAGGACCUUUCCCUUGCCCUCUCUCCCUAACCUUAGGGAGAGGAACUAAAGGGGUUUCCCCUCCCCACUGCAGGGGCAGGACCCAGAGGAGUCACCCCUUUCUCCCCCCCACCCCAGGGGCAGCCUCCUUCAGAGGAGGGGGUGGGGGGGGCAGGGACCCUUCCCCUCUCUUCCCCCCCCACCCUCUCUCCUCCCUUCCCCUCUUCCUUGUGGUCCUUUAGCACCCUCCAGUUUCCCAUUGCUAGGACUUCUUCCCCACCCCUCCCAUAUCUCCCCACUUCUCCUGGCUCCAGCCAUGGAGAUACAGAAGGGAAAGGGGGGAGCAGCCACAGCUGCUUCGGGAACAGCAGCGGGAGGUGGAGGAGCGGGAGCAGGAGCCCCAGGAGGGGGGAGGCUGCUACUUUCCACCAGUUUGGAUGCCAAGGAUGAGUUAGAGGAGCGUUUGGAAAGGUGCAUGAGCAUUGUGACAUCGAUGACCAGUGGUGUCUCUGAGAGAGAGGCCAAUGAUGCCCUCAACGCCCAUGUGUGCAAAGGUCCUCCCCAGCAUGAAGAGAUCUGCCUGGGACUCUUUACCCUUGUCCUUACAGAACCCAGCCAAGCCCAGAAGUGUUACCGAGAUUUGGCCCUAGUUAGUCGGGAUGGCAUGAACAUUGUCCUCAACAAGAUCAAUCAAAUCCUUAUGGAGAAGUAUUUGAAGCUGCAAGAUACCUGUCGUACUCAGUUGGUGUGGUUGGUCCGGGAAUUGGUGAAAAGUGGGGUUCUAGGAGCUGAUGGUGUUUGCAUGACAUUCAUGAAGCAGAUUGCAGGUGGAGAUGUGACUGCAAAAAACAUCUGGCUGGCAGAAAGUGUUCUGGAAAUCCUGACUGAACAGAGAGAGUGGGUGCUGAAGAGCAGCAUUCUCAUUGCCAUGGCGGUGUACACCUACCUGAGGCUCAUCGUAGACCACCAUAGCACAGCCCAGCUUCAGGCUCUUCGGCAAAAGGAGGUGGACUUCUGCAUCUCACUGCUUCGGGAGCGGUUCAUGGACUGCUUCAUGAUUGGCCGGGACCUGGUGCGCCUGCUGCAGAACGUUGCUAGGAUACCAGAGUUUGAGCUGCUAUGGAAAGAUAUUGUCCAUAACCCUCAAGCCUUGAGCCCCCAGUUCACAGGUGUCCUACAGCUCCUCCAGUCAAGAACAUCCAGAAAAUUCCUGGCCUGCCGCCUCACCCCGGACAUGGAGACCAAACUCCUCUUCAUGACAUCUCGGGUACGGUUUGGUCAACAAAAGCGAUAUCAGGAUUGGUUCCAGCGGCAAUAUCUAUCCACCCCAGACAGUCAGUCUCUGCGUUGUGAUCUUAUUCGCUACAUCUGUGGAGUGGUUCACCCUUCCAAUGAAGUGCUGAGCUCAGAUAUUUUGCCUCGUUGGGCCAUCAUCGGCUGGCUCCUGACCACGUGCACGUCCAAUGUUGCUGCCUCCAAUGCCAAACUGGCUCUGUUUUACGACUGGCUCUUCUUUAGUCCAGACAAGGACAGCAUCAUGAACAUAGAACCAGCCAUUUUGGUCAUGCAUCACUCCAUGAAGCCCCACCCAGCCAUCACUGCCACACUCCUGGACUUCAUGUGCCGGAUCAUUCCCAACUUCUACCCCCCACUGGAAGGCCAUGUCCGACAGGGUGUCUUCUCUUCUCUCAAUCACAUUGUGGAGAAGCGGGUCCUGGCGCACUUGGCUCCCCUGUUUGAUAACCCUAAGCUGGAUAAGGAGCUUCGUGCUAUGUUGCGAGAGAAGUUUCCUGAGUUUUGCAGCUCACCCUCCCCACCUGUGGAAGUUAAAAUUGAAGAGCCGAUUUCCAUGGAGAUGGAUAAUCACAUGUCAGACAAGGAUGACAACUGCUAUGACAAUGCCGAAGCGGCCUUCAGUGAUGAUGAGGAGGACCUCAACAGCAAAGGCAAGAAGAGAGAAUUUCGCUUCCACCCCAUCAAAGAGGCAGUAGUGGAGGAGCCAAUUGACAUCACCCCUUACCUGGAUCAGCUGGAUGAGUCUCUGAAGGACAAAGUACUCCUCCUGCAGAAGGGGAGUGACACAGAGGCCCAAUGUGAAGUCAUGCAGGAAAUCGUGGACCAAGUUCUGGAGGAAGACUUUGACUCAGAGCAGCUGUCUGUGCUGGCCUCCUGCCUCCAGGAGCUCUUCAAGGCCCACUUCCGAGGAGAGGUGCUGCCCGAAGAGGUCACUGAGGAGUCUCUGGAAGAAUCCGUGGGGAAGCCCCUUUACCUAAUAUUUAGGAACUUAUGCCAGAUGCAGGAGGAUAAUAGCAGCUUCUCUCUGCUCCUGGAUCUCCUGUCUGAGCUCUACCAGAAACAGCCCAAGAUUGGGUACCACCUGCUGUACUACCUGAGGGCCAGUAAAGCGGCUGCAGGGAAGAUGAACCUCUAUGAGUCAUUUGCGCAGGCCACGCAGUUGGGUGAUCUUCACACCUGCCUGAUGAUGGACAUGAAGGCCUGUCAGGAGGAUGAUGUUAGGCUGCUGUGCCACCUCACUCCUUCCAUCUACACGGAGUUUCCGGAUGAAACCUUGAGGAGCGGGGAGCUCCUCAACAUGAUCGUGGCUGUGAUUGACUCAGCCCAACUACAGGAGUUGGUCUGCCACGUGAUGAUGGGGAACCUGGUCAUGUUUCGAAAGGACUCUGUCCUCAACAUCCUCAUCCAGAGCCUAGACUGGGAAACCUUUGAGCAGUACUGUGCCUGGCAGCUCUUCUUGGCUCAUAACAUCCCCUUGGAGACCAUCAUCCCCAUUCUGCAGCAUCUCAAAUAUAAGGAACACCCCGAGGCUCUAUCCUGCCUGCUGCUUCAGCUCCGGAGAGAGAAGCCUAGUGAGGAGAUGGUAAAGAUGGUUCUGAGUCGGCCCUGCCACCCAGACGACCAGUUCACCACCAGCAUCCUCAGACACUGGUGCAUCAAGCAUGAUGAGCUGCUCGCCGAGCACAUCAAGUCCCUACUUAUCAAGAACAACAGCCUCCCCCGAAAGAGGCAAAGCUUGAGAAGCUCUAGCAGCAAGCUGGCCCAGCUGACCCUGGAGCAGAUCCUGGAGCAUUUGGAUAACCUUCGUCUCAAUCUGACCAACACCAAACAGAACUUUUUCAGCCAGACCCCAAUCCUGCAGGCUCUCCAGCAUGUUCAGGCGAGCUGUGACGAGGCCCACAAGAUGAAGUUCAGUGAUCUCUUCUCCUUGGCUGAGGAAUAUGAGGACUCUUCUACCAAGCCUCCCAAGAGCCGUCGAAAGGCUGCCCUGUCCAGCCCCCGAAGCCGAAAGAAUGCUACACAGCCCCCCAACGCCGAGGAGGAGUCGGGCUCCAGCAGUGCUUCGGAGGAAGAGGACACAAAACCCAAGCCUACCAAGAGGAAAAGGAAGGGAUCGUCUGCAGUGGGCUCAGACAGUGACUGAGGCCUGCCUGCCCUUCCAUCCCCCCAUCCCCCAGGACUUAUUAGGGCUGCCUUCCCCCGUUUCCCCUGCUGGAGAGUCAAAGGUUAAUAGGAGCUUGUGGGGUCAGUUCAUAGCUGCCCUAUCCCCAAUUUUCACGUUGGGGGAAAGGGGGGGAAGCUUUUUCAUCUAGUUCAGCCCGAACAGCUGCUGCCCCUUGCUUCCCUGCAGAGCCUGCCCUCCCCUCAGGACAGUAGCAACCCCUUGUCCUAUCCCAUCUCCCCCCAGGGUCUCCAGGCUGGGCAUCUGGCCCACAUGGACACCUGGGUCCCUGCUGAGGCCAUAAUCCACUCAAAUCAAUGAUAUGUUGUGAGAGAGUCCCCGCUUCCUGCAAGGCUGUUUUAGCAGAAAAAAAAAAGUGACUGCCUAAAGACAGAAGACCAAAAUGGAGAGUCUUGAGUGUUCCCCUUUUCAAGCAUGUUGUGCUAGAGGCAGGCAGAUUUUCCCACUCUUGUGUCUGAAUGAAAUGAGUAUUUCCUCUGUGAAUAUGGCCACCCUGGAGCACCAAACGCUGUGUCCUGGCCCCUAAAGACUCCCAGGUUUUGUCAGCUGGGGGAGAGUCCUGGGGGGUGCCAUGCUCUCAGCUCUCCUUUAGGGCCCUGGGAGCCCCGAGGGAGAGGCUUCAGGGCUUGGGUGAGCUAGCAGCCCCUGGGAAAGUGGCCCUCGCCCCAUCAGUGUGAUGAGGCAGGCUGCCACCAGUGGAAAUGCCUGAAGAACUAGAGAGGCUUCUGUGUGUAUGUUGCCCCACCUGGGGCUAACUAAGGAGCCUCUGGAAGGACUGGGGAAGAAUGGUCCCCUUUCCUCACUGGUUCCUCUUAUCCCUCCUCCCCCUCCCUUGGCCAGAGACAUUAGUGUUUUUAAAGGUGUUUUUAAAUGACAAUAAAACAAAUGGGAACCUGUUUUGUACAAAA